AUGAAUGGGAUCUGCUCAUGGGAUUCCUGUUUGUCUUCCAGCGGAGCCGAGUCCCUCUCUUCAGAUGAGAAAGAGCUGGUGACCAGCAGUGUGGAGGGAGAGGGCUCAGCUGAGGAGCACCCAGCAGGAGAGGAGAGUUCUGAAAACAGCUCCAGCAGCAGCUCGGAAGAGGAGUCAGAUGAAGAACAGGAGGAGGAGAAGGAGUCGCUACCAGGCUGCAAUGAAGCAGGAGUGAACUGUCUGCCACCCUGUGAGCACUGCAGAAAUGAAAAUGACCAGAAGGAGCUGGUGACCCCCAGGAGAUUUGCUGGAGGACAACAUGUGGUGCAGCUGGAUGCUGAAGGGACCUACCAGUGCAGCCUCACGGGCUUGAUUUUUGAGGUGACGGGGGCGGUGAAGAUCACCUACUCCCUCUUGUCCUGGAGCAAGUCCGCCAGCCUGCCGUGGAUGGUGGGCGGGCCCCUCUUCGACGUGCGCUGCGACUCGGCCCCCGCUCUCACCUCCAUCCAGUUCCCCCACUCCCUCUGCCUGGGCGGUGAUGGAGCUGGCAUGGCCUUCAAGGUGCUGCACGUCAAGGGGCAGGGCGCUGCCAUCGAGCCCUCCGCCGACUACUCGGCCUCCCACGUGAAGUGGCUGGUGAGCUCCUUGUCACCCGUGGGACCCCUCCUCCAGGGCCCCGAGCCCCUGCACUACCACGGCGCCGUCAUCCUCUACAAGGCAGUGGAUGAGCACCCCUCUUUGUCCUUUCGGGUCUACGUGGCUACUAACAAUGACUCCUUUAUCAAGGAUAUCUCAAGAGCGGUGAAACAUUCAAAUAAGAAAUUUAUUAAAAUUGACAAGCCCCCUGUCUGCCAGAAAUUACUGCAGAAAGGAAAGAGAUAUAGAUUAGUUUGUGAGCCAGAAGCUGAAAUAACUCCUGAGGAAAUUGAAUUUGUUGAUGGAUCUCUCUUGAAACUGAAAAGUUACAUUGAAGUUUAUUUGGAGAAGCCUGAUGACUUCACCUUGUCUUUGGUUGAGCUGGAGUCUGAUGCCACCGUAUGGAAAGCAAAACUGAGAGAGAGUGACUGGAUUCACUACGACCAGAACAAAAACGAGCAGAAAAGGAGCACAGUCAGUGUCAAAAAACGGAAACCAACCUCCAGUAUUUUGGAAGAAGAUGUGCUCUGCAGCAAAAAACAAAAGACUGGCAAUACUGCAGAUGGAAUUGAAACAAAGAGCUUGACUGACCAGCAGCUGAUGGUGGUUGCCAAGCUGUUUGGUAGGCAGUGGAGAGAAAUUGCCAUUGAGUGUCUUCAGAUGGAAAUGAAAGACAUUGAGCAGAUCCAGGCAAUGGAGGAAGAGGUCAACAUGCAAAAGUUCCGGGUGUUGAGCAAGUGGAGGGACCGGGAGCAGAGCAAGGGCACAGCAGCAGCUCUGCACAACAGCCUCCAGCAAAAAGCACCCUAUGAGAUCCUGCAGGUCCUGAAAGGUUUCUCGGCUCGGAGCUGA